AUGGCCCCUCCCUGUGCGUCGUCUGCCCGCCUCGCCCUCCCGACCCUGCUGCGCCAGGUCUUUCGAUCCACCGGGGCUCCAGACGCCGCCAGUCUCGAUCGUCGCCUCCUCACGACACCGCUCUCACAUCGCCGCUUCGGCACAUCCCGCGGCCUGGCGAGGCCCUCCGGAUCUGGGGACGAUGUCGCCGGGCGCGACACGGCCUCCUCCAGCCCCGCGGAUGCCUCGCCCGCCGAUCGAUCGUCCGCGGCCCCAACACCACGAGAACGCCGACGACCCAAGGCGCCGUCCCGGGAUCGGACUCCCCCGUCGCAGGACACGCGCCCGGGACGGCCGCCGCAGCGGAAGCGUGAGGGGUGGCAGGUGCAGAAGGACGCGCUGAAGAACAAGUUUGGAGAGGGGUGGAGCCCGCAGAAGAAGCUGUCGCCGGACGCGCUGGACGGGAUCCGGCAGCUGCACGCGGUGGCGCCCGACCGGUUCACGACGCCGGUGCUGGCGGAGCAGUUCAAAGUGUCGCCCGAGGCGAUCCGGCGCAUCCUCAAGAGCAAGUGGCGGCCGUCUGGGGAGGAGGCCGAGGAUCGGCGCCAGCGGUGGGACCGGCGCCAUGAGCGCAUCUGGGGACAUAUGGCGGAGUUGGGGCUGCGGCCGCACACCAAAAGCGCGACGCCAUAUACGGGAUCGCAGGCAUUGUACGGGCCGAGGAAAUCUAGGGGAGGUUCGAGGGAGGGUUCAGAGGGGUUGGAUGGGUUUGAUGGGGGAGAGAAUGAAGGACAUGGACAUGGGGAUGGAGGACAUGGAGGACAUGGGGUAUAG